AUGGCUGUAGUCCUGGCUUUGGAUGUUGUCCUGAGUCCUGACCCAUAUGUUCUUUUGGUCCUAGGGGAGCUCUCCCAGCCUCCCAAUGGCAGCUGGCCCCCAAGUCACAAUGAGAGCAAUGCUGAGGCUGCCCCGGCUGUGAACCUCACCUUCUCCUCCUAUUACCAGCAUUCCUCCCCUGUGGCAGCCAUGUUCAUUGUGGCCUACGCGCUCAUCUUCCUCCUCUGCAUGGUGGGCAACGCCCUGGUCUGCUUCAUCGUGCUCAAGAACCGGCACAUGCGCACUGUCACCAACAUGUUCAUCCUUAACCUGGCCGUCAGCGACCUGCUGGUGGGCAUCUUUUGCAUGCCUACCACCCUCGUGGACAACCUCAUCACUGGAUGGCCCUUCGACAAUGCCACAUGCAAGAUGAGCGGCUUGGUGCAGGGCAUGUCUGUGUCAGCUUCUGUUUUCACGCUGGUGGCCAUUGCUGUGGAAAGGUUCCGCUGCAUCGUGCACCCUUUCCGCGAGAAGCUGACGCUGCGGAAGGCGCUGGUCACCAUCGCGGUCAUCUGGGCCCUGGCUCUGCUCAUCAUGUGUCCGUCGGCCGUUACGCUGACGGUCACCCGUGAGGAGCACCACUUCAUGGUGGACGCCCGCAACCGCUCCUACCCGCUCUACUCGUGCUGGGAGGCCUGGCCCGAGAAGGGCAUGCGCAGGGUCUACACCACCGUGCUCUUCUCGCACAUCUACCUGGCGCCGCUGGCGCUCAUCGUGGUCAUGUACGCCCGCAUCGCCCGCAAGCUGUGCAAGGCGCCGGGCCCCGCGCAGGACGGCGAGGAGGCGGCGGCGGCCGGGCGGCGCGGGGCGCGGCGCAGGGCGCGCGUGGUGCACAUGCUGGUCAUGGUGGCGCUCUUCUUCACGCUGUCCUGGCUGCCGCUCUGGGCGCUGCUGCUGCUCAUCGACUACGGGCAGCUCAGCGCGCCGCAGCUGCACCUGGUCACCGUCUACGCCUUCCCCUUCGCCCACUGGCUGGCCUUCUUCAACAGCAGCGCCAACCCCAUCAUCUAUGGCUACUUCAACGAGAACUUCCGCCGCGGCUUCCAGGCCGCCUUCCGCGCCCAGCUCUGCCGGCUGCCGCGGGGCAGCCACAAGCAGGCCUACUCCGAGCGGCCCGGCGGGCUCCUACGCAGGCGGGUCUUCGUGGAGGUGCAGCCCAGCGACUCCGGCCUGCCCUCCGAGUCAGGCCCCAGCAGUGGGAUCUCCAAGCCCGGCCGCCUCCCGCUACGGAAUGGGCGGGUGGCCCAUCGUGGUUUGCCUGCCGAGGGUCCUGGCUGCUCCCAUCUGCCCCUCACCAUGCCGGCCUGGGACAUCUGAGGCGGUUCAG